AAAGUUUGACAGGAGUAGAAAAUUUCAAGUACUGCUAUCAAAAACUACGGAUUGUGAGCAUAAAAUGCCCCCAUUUUUACCUGUGGAUGUUACAUAAUAUUUCUUGUAUGUGUGAAGACACCGGUGAAUACCGUGAGAGCUGUUGGAAUGUCUAAAUCGCAAGCGGAUGUGCCAAAUAUAAAAGAGAUCACUCGUAAACUGACUGAAGAUGGCCUUGAUGCCAGAGCGUCAGUGGAAGAGAAGCUACUCCAUCUGUGGCAGCUCUAUCUUGAGUCUCAGGCAAGCCUCAAGGCCACCCUGGAGAACAUCGAGGAGCUCCGCCAGCAGCAGGCCCAGGAGAUGCAGGAGGUGGAGAACUACGUGGAACACAUCCGCCAGCUCUCAGAUGAAAGAGAGGCUCUGACGCUUGAGUUUGAGACCGAGAAUGAACAGCUGAAGGGAGAGUUAGAGCAGCUAAGACAUGAGCUUGCAGGGUUUCAAAAUGAAGAAACGGCCGAGAUGCUGAUACAACAAGGCCUGGACGAUAUAGCAAAGAGCUCCAACAGCGAGCAGAUCGCCUACCUCCUGGUCGAGAGAGCGCGACUCAUGGACGAGUUAGAACUUGAGCAACAUAGGUCAAGAUCGCGACCGGCAAGUCGAGCAGACGACGCAAAUUUGACCCAGAUGAUGGAGAAGGAGCGGGCGGAGUUUGAGGAAGAAUUGCGACAGCAGAGGGAUAGUAUGCAACAGCUGAAAGAACACAUGCAUCAAGUUCAUGAAGAAGAACUGGAGAACUUGAAAGAGGAGAAGGAAAAGAUGGUAGAAGACUUGGACCAGGCAUCGAAACAGAUUAAUAACCUGCAGAUUCAGCUCAACAAUCUCUCGGUCGACCUUGAACAAGAAAAGCAGUCGGCAAACUACAAGAUCAAAUCCAUGGAGGCCAACGUGAAGAAUGCCAAGGAAACAGAACUCUGUCAGCUACAGGAUGAGAAUAAACGUCUGGAGUCUGAGUUACUGGCUGCGCGUGGCCAGGUCAAAGAUUUGGUGAAAAAUAAUGAGGCGUUUCAGGAGUCGAUGACUUCCAUGAAUGAACAGCUCCGUGAGUUGAACACAAAAUACGAAAAAGAGCGAGAAGAGAAUAACAACCGACAGGCAGAAUUCGACAACAGUAUUAGUGAGUUUGCGUCAAAGUCUGACGAUGAUCACAUUCAUAUACAGGAAUUGAAGUCUUCCAUUAGCCUCCUCACAGAUGAGAAGAACUCUCUUGGCAAGAAGGUGGAAUCUCUUGAACGGGAGAUAAAUGAGUUACAGGAGAAAGAGGAAAGUUUGCUCAAUAAAAGUGAAUCGAUUCAGAACCAAGACUCGCUCAAAAAGUACAAAGACCUCUGCGUGGAGCUUGGCCUUGAGAAGAAGGAAGCGUUAGAGGUGCUCAACGAAACUCAGGACGUCCUGAAGGAGGAGAUCGAGAACUCUGCAAACCUUCAGGAACGAUUAGCGUUAGCUGACGAGAAAGCAGAGGAGUGUGAUCAACUCAGAGAACAGGCCAGAGUAUUGAAAAUCCGGAAGGCUGCCUUAGAGGAGCAGCUGCUUCAGCGAGAUGAGUCAAACCAACAACAAACUGAAGGUGAUAAAUCCCAAAUAGCAAAACUAGAAUCAAAAUUAGAAAAACUGCGUAAACAAAUUGAAGAGAAAGACAUUGUGUUAUCGGAACGGUCGGAUGGUGAAUCACACGAGAUAGUGACUUUAAAACAACAGUUAGUGACAUUACAAGAGGAGGUGGUUGCCAAGGAAACGUGUCAUAAACAACAACUGGAAGAGGAGAGAGCGCGUGUUCGAGAAUUAGAGGAUUAUUUGACGGAUUAUGAAGAUCAGUAUAAGGAGGAGAUGAAAGCAAAGAGAAAGAAUGUGAAGAAUUUACAGGCGGAGCUCGAAGGGGGAGCACAGUUACAAAAGGAGCUUGAAGACAAGGUUGCAAGUCUUGAAGAAGAAUUGAAGGAUUCAAGUGAAAAAUCAAAGGAACAUAUCGAAGCGAAGAGACAGUUAGAACAAAAAUUAACCAGUGCAGGUUCCCAUGAAAAAACGGCUGAUGAAACAAAAGAACAAAUAUCUCUUUUAGAGAAAGCUUUGCAGCAGGUUGAAUCAGACAAUAACGACUUAGCAAAGAAGUAUUCAGACUCUAUUGCGCAAUAUCAGGAGUUAGAAAAACAGCUGAGGAGUGAGAAGGAGACGAGUUGUGAGUUGAAGGUCAGAUUGGAGGCAGGAGAAUCAGAGCAGACGGCAGAGUUACAGCAACUGGAGAAGGAAGUGACGUCCCUGAGGGCGGAGUUAAUUCAACGGAAGUCGCAUAUCACGAAGUUGGAGAGUGAAGUUCUCGGCAGUAAGUCGGACCAAGAGCGGGAAUUAAACCGUUUGAAACAGCAAAACGAACAACUUCAAACAAGCCAUAAAAAGGAGAUAGAAAAUCUUGCCAAAAAUCUUGAGAAAUCGUAUAAAGAUUUGUCCGAUUCACGAGCAACGUUACGAGAAAGAGAGGAAGAGACUAUCCACUUGAAACAUCGCAUGAACGUGGAUGGUCGUGAGGCGACGCACAAGUUAGAAAUGGAGGUCAAACUUCGUCACGAUUUUGAGAAACGGAAUCAAAUUCUGGAGGAGGAAUUGAAUAAGCAACAGUCCGACCCUGAGGUGUGGAAUCAGUUACGGGAGAAGAUGGACCAAGUUGCCAACAUGGAGAAAGCCAAAGAGAACCUCGAAGAGGAGCUGGACAGAAAGUCCAUCACGUGUAGGAACACGGAGACCAAGCUGGCACAGAGAAGCUUGGAUCAGUCUACAGCAUUGCAGGAAGCCAAUCGACGAUUGGAGGAGUCUGAGGAGAAGAUCUCCAGCCUCCAGCACGAUCUCCACCAAGCAGUGCUGAAGCUGGAGAGUAGUGAACGACAAGUACGGGAUAUCACCGCGCUGCGUGGCGAAGUUCAGAGGUCAAAGGAUGAAGUGAUUCACCUGCGGAGUCAACUACAGGAAGAGAAAUUAAACAGGACCCUGGAAGCCCAGCACACGGAGGAACUCAGGAAACAUAUGGCACUGCUGAAGGAGAAGGAGACACGGAUGACAGCACAGAACCGAGAGUUGCAGCACAUGCUGUUAGACAUGGAGAAUAAAAUGUCAAAAGUGCAGGACCAGAGCAGAUCUGCUUCUAGUAUGCAAAAUGUUGUUGAAAAUGCCAAACAAACGUUAGCGGACCAAGUGGCCAAACUUCAAAAGGAGAUCGAGACACAGCAACUAGAGCUUCUGGCAUCAUCAGAUCGCUAUGACAACCAAGUGCGCAGAUAUGAAGAUAGAAAGGCCAUGCAUAAGACUAAGUUACAGAGAGCGAGAGAAAUCUACAAUCGUGAGAAGAGUCGUCUACGGGAGUACAUUUAUAAGCUCGAGGAGGAGUUACGCUUGAGUAAGAUGUCUUUGGAUAAAGAGGUGGAGUUUAAAGAGAAGACAGUGGACGAUUAUAAGAUGCUCAUGAAAGAAAAACGGGAACUACUUUCAAGAUUAUCAGAGGAAGAGGAGCGAGCCAAGGACAAGACGCGUCUGUCGUCCAUGUUGCAGGUUCGGUGCAAAUUCCUUGAAGAGGAGAACUCAGGAUUACAAGAUCGCGUCGAGUUGGUCCAGCGCCAAAAACAAGAAGCCGAAAAAACACUCAAAGAUCGCAGGGAUAAAGCAAAGGAGGCUUUACGAUCUUUGACUCCGCUCUCCACAGUUCAAACGCCCCGCUCUAUGACCCCUCUCACUCCGAUGAGGUCGUUAUCGCCAGUUCGUCUCAACUCCACGGGAAUAACACCGCACUCAACAAUGUCCAGCGGCCUCGGUUUGAGUAUUGACUCAUCUUGGGAUAAUAACAUACUUGAUGCGGUCUUAACGAUGCAGUCUGCUCACAAGAAUGGAAUCUUUGGGCGGUCGUAUGAACGAUCUUCUUCCUUUGAUGGGCUGGAUGAUUAGAACUAUCAGUAGUGUUGCUGCUGGAACUGUGUGGAUCACCCGCAUAGCAUACAAGGCCUUAACUUUCAUCUUAACCAGAUAGGGUCUUAUAAUCUCACUCACUAAAUGUAACUUGCUUAUUUCGGUGUGUGAAGGAAGAUGGUCACUAACUGGGCGAAUCUGCAUGAAUCAAAAAGGUUGUAAUAAACUAGUCAUUAGUUUUGUAUUUGAUUGAAUCGAAUAUGAUAUCAACCCUGAAAGGUUGGGACUGAGGGAAUUGAAAUCAAAAGCUUCAUGUGGGUCGACAAAACAGGCUCAGGCUUGUUCAAUUAAGAUUAUUUCGGCAAUAAUUCAUCUGCACUUUUUUGUCUUAAUCGCAACAACAAACAUCAGUCCUGUCUUUAUCACCUACAAAUGUAUGUAUUACUCUUGCCAUAGGUGUUUAUAUUAGGUAGCUCCAAUUCAUAACUCGGGUUGUAAAAUUUUAAAUUCUCAAGUGCUUCAUUUCUAUCAGGCAUAGGAUCUGGAAGUUGCUUUCGUUUCUUAAGUGAAAGAUUUUGGGUAUAGCCUCCAUCCGUCCAUCAUGUGAAUAGAUCACUUUUAAAUGUGAUGGUAGUCCCUGAAGGCAUUGGUUUACUGGUUCAUAUUUUCCGCAUCUCAAGAACCAUAAAGAAUUUUCUGUUGGUUCUCCAAAUGUGUUAGUCAUAUUUAUAUCAAAAGUGAUUGUUUAUUCAUCAGUUUUUAUGCAGAAAGUUUAUUCCAUGAUAAGUAUUUAUAGAUCUUUAUGUACAUUAUGAUAUUGUGGUAGUAUUUAUAUACAUGUUCAUCCUUCCUGACUCCACAGUUGUGCUCUCAAAGACUGCUUUCGAAAACUGCUGAUCGGUUCUGUGACAUUGUGUCUUUGCAUCCGUACAAUAUUGAUCUUUAGUUGACUGAUUAGCUUUAUAUAUCAUAAAUAUUUCUAUGUUAACGCCACUUAAUCCUUUCAAUUUGUGAGAGAGAUUUGAACAGUUCCUCCAUGUACACACUCAGGUAUCCGUUAGCAUUUGUCAUAACUAAAGCACCGCGCAAACAAAUGAUAAACUUGCUGCAACCUGCAAUGAUGAUCGCUGCUAUGUGUGACAAAAUGAUCUCUCCUCUGCAGGUAAAACAGGCAAUCGCUGGGUUGGAUUAUGGUUGCAGGUCGCUGCACUUCCCAAAUCUUGUCUGAGGUACCUACGAUGACCUGACUGCAAAUAAGUGAUUAUCAACGCUUGAUUAAAUUCCAGCACUAAUACUCAACAUUCACACAGUUAUCCCUGCUUGCUAGGUAGCCAUUUCGUCCUGAGAAGAGAGAGGCAAAUAAGGGUAGCCUUGUUUGGUUUAUGAAGCCCCUUUAUGAUGUCUUCUGACUGAUAUCUGUCUCUGUGUACUGAUCUCUCGUGCCGUUCCAGUGUACAGUAUUGCUUAAUUCCACUUAGGUCAGGUGAUUUCUAUUUCCUUGUAAAUAUUUUUAUAUAUUUUGCAUAUUGAAACAUUUGUACUUUUUGUAAAAUGUUUUACACUAAAUGAUGAUGUAUCAUCAAUGUGACUAUGAUGAUCAAUAAAUGAUGGUUG